GUGUGGAGAGCCCGGCUCGCCGCGGGCUCCCUCCCUUCCCGCCACCUCAGGCCACCCCGCCCGGCGCUGGCGCGGGGCCGGAGGGAGUCCGCGGCGGGCGCCCGGCGGGGGCGGAGGGGCCGCGCCCGCGUGUGCGGAGCGAGGGAGGGCCGGAGGAAGGAGGGAAGGGCACAAAGGCCGGCGGCGGGCGCCGGGGUCCGGCCGGCCGGCCGUGGAGGAGGGGCGCCUCGCGUCCGCUCAUGAAUAUUAACCGAGCCUGCGGCCUAGCGCGUCCCGGCCGGGCCCGGCGCCCGGCCCGCGUCCCCGCUCCUGCUCGCCGCCGCGCCGCGCAAGCUGGGCCAGGCGGGCUGGGAAGGGAGAGGUCUCUCUGGGAGCUGACGUUCCAGCCUUCGAGACCCACUCGGAUUCCUCCUGGUCUGGGAGUCACGCCGAGGAGGAGGGGGACCGCGGUCUGCAGUUGGCCUCGUUAGCUGCCGAGAAGACCCAUCGUCUUUGUUUUUCAAGUCUUGAGAAAUGGACGAAGACGGUGAAGUCAGUUGAAGUCCGGAGAAAAAAAUCAUCGGGGCGUUUUGAAGGGGCUUCACCAAAACAUUUCAUUCCCUGGCACGUUACUUGUUUCACCAGCCCUGCACCUCCCGGGAGCCUGGUGUGGAAUUCUUCCCCUUUUGGUGUGUGGUGGCAUUCCUCCCCCCAAUGUGGACUCCAAAGGGUCGGUCCCUUCUUUGUCAUUUGAAAUGAAAUGAUGGCCACACGUCGGACCGGGCUACCGGAGGGAGAUGGUGACAAGCUCAAGGCCUGUGCGUCCCCCACGUGUGAGGUAUCAAAGAGUAAAGAUGGAAAAGAACAAAGUGAAACUGUAUCACCAUCCGAAGAUGAAACAUUCUCCUGGCCAGGUCCCAAAACAGUUAUGUUGAAAAGAACAUCUCAAGGCUUUGGUUUUACAUUGAGGCAUUUUAUUGUUUAUCCCCCAGAGUCUGCAAUUCAAUUUUCAUAUAAGGAUGAAGAAAAUGGCAACAGAGGAGGAAAACCAAGAAACCGCUUGGAACCAAUGGACACCAUAUUUGUUAAACAGGUUAAAGAAGGGGGACCUGCUUUUGAAGCUGGAUUAUGCACAGGUGAUCGAAUUAUAAAAGUCAAUGGAGAAAGUGUUAUUGGAAAGACCUAUUCCCAAGUAAUUGCUUUAAUUCAGAACAGUGAUACAACAUUGGAACUUAGUGUUAUGCCAAAAGAUGAAGACAUUCUCCAAGUGGCGUAUUCUCAAGAUGCCUACCUGAAAGGCAAUGAAGCCUACAGUGGAAAUGCCCGCAAUAUACCUGAACCCCCACCAAUUUGCUAUCCCUGGCUGCCAUCUGCCCCUUCAGCCAUGGCACAGCCAGUUGAAAUCUCUCCUCCAGAUUCAUCAUCGAGCAAACCACAAACCACUACGCCAGUACUGACGCAGCCUGGCAGGGCCUAUAGAAUGGAAAUACAAGUGCCUCCAUCACCAACAGAUGUUGCAAAGUCCAACACAGCGGUGUGUGUUUGCAAUGAAAGUGUAAGGACUGUCAUUGUACCUUCUGAGAAGGUUGUAGAUUUGUUAACUAAUAGAAACAACCAUACAGUUCCUUCACAUAGAACUGAAGAGGUGAGGUAUGGCAUAAAUGAGCAGACCGCUUUGAAAACAGUGUCAAGAACCACGUCGCCACCAUCAUCAGUUCCCACUGCCCAUCUAAUUCAUCAGACGACAGGCUCCAGAUCAUUGGAACCUUCUGGAAUCUUACUUAAAUCCAGCAAUUACAGUGGACAUUCAGAGGGAAUCUCAAGCAGCAGACCUCAAGCUGUGGAUUCUCCUUCCGUCUCUGUUAAUCACUAUUCUCCAAAUUCCCAUCAGCACAUAGACUGGAAAAACUAUAAAACUUACAAAGAGUAUAUUGAUAACAGACGAUUGCACAUAGGUUGUCGGACGAUUCAAGAAAGACUAGAUAGUUUAAGAGCAGCAUCUCAGAGCACAACGGAUUAUAACCAGGUGGUACCAAACCGCACUACUUUGCAGGUACGACGUCGAAGCACCUCUCACGAUCGAGUGCCACAGUCUGUUCAGAUCCGACAGCGCAGCGUGUCCCAGGAGAGGCUGGAAGAUUCUGUGUUGAUGAAGUAUUGCCCACGAAGUGCGUCUCAAGGAGCGCUGACAUCUCCGUCUGUUAGUUUCAGUAAUCACAGAACUCGUUCAUGGGAUUAUAUCGAGGGACAGGGCGAAACCUUAGAAAACGUGAGUUCUGAAGGUCAAAUACCCGAUUCAAAUGGAGAGCGAAAACAGACUUAUAAGUGGAGUGGAUUUACCGAACAGGAUGAUAGACGAGGUAUUCAUGAAAGACCUCGACAGCAAGAAAUUCAUAAGUCUUUUCGAGGUUCAAAUUUUACCGUGGCCCCCAGCAUCGUUAAUUCUGAUAACAGGCGAAUGACUGGCAGAGGAGUGGGGUCUGUGUCUCAGUUUAAAAAAGUGCCACCAGAUCUGAAAACACUGCAGUCCAACAGAAAUUUUCAGACUACCUGUGGAAUGUCAUUGUCUCGAGGUAUUACACAAGACAGGUCACCUCUUGUGAAAGUCCGAAGUAACUCUCUGAAAGCGCCUUCUACGCACGUCACAAAACCAUCGUUUAGCCAGAACUCACUUGUCUCUGUCAAAGACCAAAGACCAGUAAAUCAUUUGCAUCAAAACAGUCUAUUGAAUCAGCAGCCGUGGCUGAGAACCGAAAGUGCCCCGGAUCACCAAGUGGAGACGGGGAAACCCCCCUCUUUACCUGGAGCUUCUGUUAAGCCUAUCCCUCAGAUGAGUGAGAACUACGGCGCUUCGGAUUUAGAAUUACCUGCCCCUCAAAGAAAUCAAGAUUUAACUCUGCAAGAGGCUGAAAUGCAGGAAUCAAAUACCUUAGAUAAUAAAGAAACUGUCAUCCUAAGAGAAAAGCCUCCAUCUGGCCGCCAAACACCACAGCCUUUAAGGCAUCAGUCUUACAUCUUGGCAGUAAAUGACCAGGAGGCCGGGUCAGACACCACCUGCUGGCUGCCUAAUGAUGCGCGCCGAGAGGUCCAUAUAAAAAGAAUGGAGGAAAGGAAGGCCUCAAGUACCAGCCCACCUGGGGAUUCCUUGGCAUCAAUCCCAUUUAUAGAUGAACCAACGAGCCCCAGCAUUGAUCAUGACCUUGCACACAUCCCUGCUUCGGCUGUCAUCUCAGCCUCCACUCCCCAGGCACCCCAGGCGCCCCAGGCACCCUCCAUAGCAACGGUCCCGCCCAGUCUCACCACGUCGGCUCCUUUAAUUCGCCGCCAGCUCUCCCAUGAUCAAGAAUCUGUCGGCCCUCCCAGCCUAGAUGCCCAGCCCAGCUCAAAGACUGAAAGAUCAAAAUCCUAUGAUGAGGGCCUGGAUGAUUACAGAGAAGAUGCAAAAUUGUCCUUUAAGCACGUUUCUAGCCUGAAGGGAAUCAAGAUCAUAGACAGCCAGAAGUCAUCAGAAGACUCUGGGUCCAGGAAAGAUUCUUCCUCAGAGGUUUUCAGUGAUGCUGCAAAGGAAGGAUGGCUCCAUUUCCGACCACUUGUCACCGAUAAGGGCAAGCGAGUUGGUGGAAGUAUUCGGCCGUGGAAACAGAUGUAUGUUGUGCUUCGGGGUCAUUCGCUGUACUUGUACAAAGAUAAAAGGGAACAGAUGACUCCAUCUGAAGAAGAACAGCCCAUCAGCGUCAAUGCUUGCUUAAUAGACAUCUCGUACAGCGAGACCAAGAGGAAAAAUGUGUUUCGACUCACCACAUCAGACUGCGAGUGCCUUUUCCAGGCCGAGGACAGAGACGACAUGCUAGCGUGGAUCAAGACCAUCCAGGAGAGCAGCAACCUCAAUGAGGAGGACACUGGAGUGACUAACAGGGAUCUAAUUAGUCGAAGAAUAAAAGAAUAUAACAGUCUGAUGAGCAAAGCAGAACAGUUGCCAAAAACACCUCGCCAGAGUCUCAGCAUCCGGCAGACUCUGCUUGGUGCUAAAUCAGAGCCAAAGACUCAAAGUCCACACUCUCCCAAGGAAGAGUCAGAAAGGAAACUUCUCAGUAAAGAUGAUACCAGUCCCCCAAAAGACAAAGGCACGUGGAGAAAAGGCAUUCCAAGUAUUAUGAGAAAGACGUUUGAAAAAAAGCCUACUGCUACAGGAACAUUCGGUGUCAGACUAGACGACUGCCCACCCGCACACACCAAUCGGUAUAUUCCAUUAAUAGUUGACAUAUGUUGCAAAUUAGUUGAAGAAAGAGGUCUUGAAUAUACAGGUAUUUACAGAGUUCCUGGAAAUAAUGCAGCCAUCUCAAGUAUGCAGGAGGAGCUCAACAAGGGAAUGGCGGAUAUUGAUAUACAAGAUGAUAAAUGGCGAGAUUUGAAUGUGAUAAGCAGUCUACUAAAAUCCUUCUUCAGAAAACUCCCUGAGCCUCUCUUCACGAAUGAUAAAUAUGCCGACUUCAUUGAGGCCAACCGUAAAGAAGAUCCUCUAGACCGUCUGAAAACAUUAAAAAGACUAAUCCACGACUUGCCCGAACAUCAUUACGAAACUCUUAAGUUCCUUUCUGCUCAUCUGAAGACAGUGGCAGAAAAUUCAGAAAAAAAUAAGAUGGAACCCAGAAACCUAGCAAUAGUGUUUGGCCCAACUCUUGUGAGAACAUCUGAAGAUAACAUGACCCACAUGGUCACUCACAUGCCAGACCAGUACAAGAUCGUAGAGACGCUUAUCCAGCACCAUGACUGGUUUUUCACAGAAGAAGGUGCUGAAGAGCCUCUUACAACAGUGCAGGAGGAAAACACAGUAGAGUCCCAGCCAGUGCCAAACAUAGAUCAUUUACUCACCAACAUUGGAAGGACAGGAGUCUCCCCUGGAGAUGUAUCAGAUUCAGCUACUAGUGACUCAACAAAAUCUAAGGGCUCCUGGGGAUCUGGAAGAGACCAGUACAGCAGGGAACUGCUCGUGUCCUCCAUAUUCGCGGCCGCUAGUCGCAAGAGGAAAAAGCCCAAAGAAAAGGCGCAGCCCAGCAGCUCAGAAGACGAACUGGACAGUGUGUUUUUUAAGAAAGAGAGCACAGAACAGUGUCACAAUGACCUUAAAGAGGAGUCCAAAAAAGAGAGCGAGGCAUUGUGCAGAAAGCAAAGGCUCGUCCUUUCCAAAGAAAACAGCGCCAAGAAGGACAGCGGUGCCCCAAAAGAUGAAAAGACGCCCCCGCGGCAGGAGAGCGCGCCGUCGGAAGAACCCUCACCCCCGCACAGCUCGAGGCACAGCAAGUCUCCGACGCUGAGCGGCCGCUUCCCCUUGCUGAGAGACAGCUCCAGAUCCCCGGCCGCGCACAAGUCGUCUCCCCACUUGGAAGAGCCGGGGUCCGACUCUGGCCCUCUGCCCAGCACUUCCUCGCAGGCUUCUCCGGCCAGGCCUCCCACCAAGACGUCCACCAGCCCGGAAAGCAAACGCGGCGAGGUUCUGGCCACCGUGGGCACCGCCACCUCCGACUGUUCCGCCGCGCCACCCACCGCGUACCCGGCCAGCCUGGACUGCAGCCGGCUGAGCCCCGACGUGCGCUCCGUGGCCGAGAGCAAGGGGGACGAGGCGGACGACGAGCGCAGCGAGCUCAUCAGCGAGGGGCGGCCGGUGGAGACGGACAGCGAGAGUGACUUCCCCGUGUUCCCCGCGGCCCUGGCCCCGGACAGGCUCUUUCGGGGAAAGCUGCAGGAGGCCGGGAAGGCGAGCCGGAGGAACUCGGAAGGCAGCGAGGUCAGUUGCACGGAGGGAAGUCUGACACCGAGCCUGGACAGCCGAAGGCAGCUCUUCAGCUCCCACAAGCUGAUCGAGUGCGACACCCUGUCCAGGAAGAAAUCGGCGCGGUUCAAGUCCGACAGCGGCAGCCUUGGGGAUGCCAAGAGCGACCGAGAAGCCCCUGCCAUAACCCGGGUGUUUGACGUCAUGAAGAAAGGAAAGUCGACGGGCAGUUUACUGACACCGACCCGAAGUGAAUCCGAAAAACAGGAGCCCACUUGGAAGACCAAGAUAGCAGAUCGGUUAAAACUGAGACCCCGGGCGCCGGCCGACGACAUGUUCGGAGUAGGAAACCAAAAAGCGAGCGCCGAGGCGGCCAAGAGGAAAAACAUCAAACGGCGGCACACGCUAGGAGGGCACAGAGAUGCUGCCGAGAUCAGUGUUUUGAAUUUUUGGAAGGCGCACGAGCAGGGUGCGGAGAGGGAAUCCGAACUUUCAGCUGUGAAUCGGUUAAAGCCCAAGUGCUCAGCCCAGGACCUCUCCAUCUCAGACUGGCUGGCCAGGGAGCGCCUGCGCACCAGCGCCUCCGACCUCAGCAGAGGGGAGACCGGGGGCCCCCAGCCCGAGAGCUCGCGCGCCUUGGAAGGAGCCACGGCCCACGCACCUUUGUCCUCCCAGGCCGACGCGGGCGGCUCUCCCGGUACCUUGGCUUCAACCAACAGGCCCCUUCUUUCCAGCCCACCCCAGUCACCUGACCAAAUAAAUGGAGAAAGCUUCCAGAACAUGAGCCAACACGCUAGUUCUGCAGCAUUAAAUGCCCAGCCUCCUCGACUGUCUGAAACCCCCGGCGAUAAAGCACAGUUGCAUCCCUGUCUUUAAACUGGGGUAUGUCCUCCAUAGCAAAUAAAAAAAGCUACUGUUACACGUUCCAGUAACUCUGUAAAUAUUUUCUUGUACCAGAAUUGUUAUUAUGCAGCCUUCAUUUGGGCUGGUUUCAUCAUUUUGCACUGUGGAAUAGCUUUACAGUGCAUUACUACAGCCAGAAGAACAUAUAUAUAUAUAUAUAUAUAUAUAUAUAUAUAUAUAUAUAUAGGAUAGUUGUAUACAAAUGAGCAAGGUAUUUGUUGCAACUUACUACAUAGUGUAUACCCAAGAUUACUGAAGAAAAUAGCUGGCAUUAUUAGUAUGCAGCAAAUUUGUUCUUUUGGUUUCAUCACUAACAAAAGUGCCUCAUCAUAAAAAUCCAUUUGGUUAUUAGGGUGCCAUAUUGUUAAAAUUAGAUAACUUACAUUGAAUAAAUGAACGCAUUUUAUUGGUAACAAAGUUCAUUACAUUUACCAGUUUUAACACAGGUGGAUACGGAACUUCCAUUCUUUAGUCAUUCCAGGUGGAUCUCUGAGUUUUAUAUUCAAACUUUUAAUACAGUUUUUGAGUUUUGUGUGACUUGAAUUUUUAAUCUUUCUGUAAAAUACGUAACUUAAAUGAACAUAUUAUAUGUGUAUCUUUUCUUCAGAUACCAGAUUUGAUAUAAAUGUUGUAACAUAGGUGUGUAGAUAGUGACCUGGACGGAACUGGCUUCUUUAUCGAGAAGAAUAUAAUUCUGCAUGAGGACUUAAUGAAUCCAAACCUGUGUCAUGCCUGUGUGCAUACCCAAUUAAACACUGGAAAUAAAAAUUGUUUUGGUGAA